AUGCCAUAUGUGAAAGUAUGGACUCAUACAGGAGGUCAAAAAACUCAAUAUACAAAUGGAGACCGUUCAAACUUUUGGCUUGGCAUUCCAUUUGCUGACUCAGAAGACUUUAUGGGUGGUAUUUCAACUGUUGGUACUGUACAAAUACAAUAUACUGGUGACAGAGACGGUCCAGAUGAAUUGAGAGCAAAGAAGUUUACAAAACCAAUAGCACUUUUCACGGAAGAUGCUCUUUUGAAGAUUCGUUCGAUGAAACCUGCUGGGGCUCCUCAGAUUGGCAUAACGACAGCUUCCAUCGAGCAGAUUUUGGCAGCAGGUCAGUAA